CUCACCUACGCUCCACUCACACACACUGUGGCAAUCUCACUGCUAUUUAUCCCACAAGAAAGCUCAGAGUGCCAAGACCACCCUGGGGCUUUAGAGAGUGCAUGCUGGGAGGCCUGGGAGGCAGAAGGAUGGCAGCGUUUUGGAAAGCAGUGGCAGGUGGAUUGCUCUUAGCUGUGUGCCUCAUGGGAUGGAGAGUUGAUGGACAGGGGAACGGUAAAAAAAAGGUAUCUGGGGAUUCAAUCAUCUACCUCGGCCAGGAGAGAAACCCCUGGAGGCCGCUGAUCCGCACCACAGCCAACCUCACAGAGAUCCGCAGCAUCAAGUCCACCUUUCAGUUCCGGACCUUUGACCCCGAAGGAGCGAUUUUCUACGGAGACACCAAAAAUGGAGAGGACUGGUUUGUUUUGUCCCUGAAAGAAGGGUUCCCCCUCAUGCAGAUCAGCAAAGAAGAUGUACAAGUCAGCGUGACAGGGGGUCCAAAGCUCAACGACGGGAAGUGGCACACGUUGGAUGUGAGCAACCAGGGAAAGUUUGUCAUUCUGGAGGUGGAUGGCCUACCUGGACUGGUGGUAGGAAUGCACUCCAAACAGACAAAGGAGGUCAUUUCUGGGCAACUUCGAUUGGCCCUUGGUGGGAUCCUGACCAGCAAGGACAAUUUGAUCGUUGAGUUUGAGCCACAGAUGGACGGCUGCGUGCGCAAAGGCCACUGGCUAAACCUCAGCAUGCCCUGGGAGGCGGACGCUGACGAGCUCUGGCUCUGCCAUCAGAACAUCCAACCUGGCAGCUUUUUCGCUGGCGAAGGAUUCACCAUUUUCAACACCUCAGUUUUCCAAACAAUCAAAGAUCUUGGCUUCAGAGUUGAAUUUUGGGGGGACUUCACUCAGAUGGAGGGAACCAUUCUGAGCAUGAUGUCCUCACAAGGAGAGCUGCUGGCAGUCCUGGAAGCCAAUAAUAACACGAAUGAGAUUCAUUUCACCAUCAGGAAGCAAAAACAUAUUCUGACAAACGCUAUGAAGCAGCUGAGGAUUACUUUUUUUGAGGAUGUGGUGAAAGUGGUUACAUUUUUAGAUGAAGCAAAUGUAGAAAUGUUUUCUUAUGAUCCGUUGAGUGCCCCCGAAUAUCUGACGGAGCUGAGAGAGGGGCGUCUCGCCAUUGGAGGUCUUCUAGGUGGCGUUAAAGAUAUGGUUGGCUCCAAUUUCCUCAGAGGCUGUCUGGAGAAGAUCAAAAUCCAACUGAAGGAUUUGGAUCUGGAUUCAGCUAUCAAAGACAUGUCAGCUUCUUCACACAGCUGCCCGGUGUAGAAAGCAUCCAUCGGGCUGGAGGAGGACUGGAUGUUGGCUGUUAAGGACUUCAGGUGUCUGUAGUUCAUAAAAAUAAGAUGAUUGAUAAUUGUUUCCAUAAUAGUGUGAUUAACUGCUAAAAAAAAAAAAAUAACGAUAUGUCUAAGUAUGAAUCAAAAUCACAGACAAAAAGUAUGUAAAGGACAGAAAUAAAAAAUAAAAGAAAAUCACCAACUCACCAAGGCUUAACUCUGAGAAACAAUAUGCGGCUACAAAGAGAUGUGCGAUGUUUAACAAGUUAUGUAUGUCAUGACAAAAAGUGAACAACCAAAACAAAAAAGCAAAUAAAAAAAAAUACUUAAAUAUACAGUACAUCAUAGCUUGAUGUAAGCAACAACGCAAACAUUUAAGAGGUCAUAAGUAAAAUUGAUCUAAUUGGGCAUGAUUUGGAAAAAGAAAUAAAAAGUACAAAACAUCUUGAAAGGUAUCAAAAAGUGGUUCCCAGAUAAAUUUACUUGCAGCAAAUACUUUGCAGAUGCAAGACAAAUUCACAAAUUAUCUGUGCAUGACUUCUUGCUGUUCUGUGUGCCAUCCAGUCUCAGGAGCUGGUUGUUUUAGAACCUGUCCACGACAUUUUUCAGUAUUUUUCCACUACACAACAUUCAGAGCGCUGAGGUUUUAUCAUGCAUAACUCCGUUCUCUCACCAAUUAACCUUAAUAUGCAUCUAAGUAAUUAUCAUUUAAAUCUUCAAUAAAUUGAAAAAAUAAA